AUGCCUCGAGUCGUCUUGGUUGGGGUCGGGGGUGCAACAUGCUCAGGGAAAACUACCCUGGCGAAACAUCUUAAGCGCAUUCUACCAAACAGUGUCAUCAUUCACCAAGAUGAUUUCGCUCCUCCGCAAGAACUAGUACCCAUCCAUCCUAUCCACAACGUCCAAGACUGGGAUGCAGCGCCAGGCGCGAUUGACUGGCCACGUUUGAUCGCAUUCCUCCGUCAAGUCAAGGCCACUGGUGAAAUACCCGCAGACCACCGAAGCCACGACCACCUCAACGAGCAAAAGGAUGUCCCAAUUCCAGCUGAGCUCCGCGAUCAUUGGAUUUCAGCCUUUGAGCCGCUUAACACCGAUGAUACUAUUUGGGGCUUGGUCGACGGCUUCCUUCUCUAUUGGCAUCCGGAAGUCAUCGAGCAACUAGAUGUGCGGAUAUUCUUACGAGUUCCUCACGAUGUUUUACGCGAGCGGAGAUACGCGCGACAUGGGUACCAUACUGCAGUCCAAUCCGAUCCAGAGGGCACUUUAUGGCGCGACCCACCAAACUAUUGGGAACAGAUUGUGUAUCCAGCCUAUGUUGAUGCGAAUCGGGAGGUGUUCAUAGACGGGGAUGUAGAAAACGGUAAGCCGACGGAAAAGGUAGAGGGGCUGGCUCUGCUUGAGGGCAUAACGAUGGGUGACGCAGUUUCACGGAGUUGUGAACUUAUAGCCAGUACUUUACGAGAGCGAAUCAGAGUCGGCCUAUAUUCACGUUCAACUCCUCUUUUCAUAACCACCAUGUCUGUCAUCGUUGUUGGAGGCGGUCUCGCCGGACUCUCUGCUGCUCACACUCUCCUCGAGCGUGGUGCCAAUGUUCUUCUUCUCGACAAGCAAGGAUUCAUGGGCGGUAACUCGACCAAGGCCACUUCCGGAAUCAACGGUGCUGGCACUCAGACCCAACAGGAGGCUGGCAUCCCAGACAACGCAAAAACAUUCUUCGAGGACACCAAGAAGUCUGCCCGCGACCUUGCCCGUGACGAUCUCAUCCGAGUUCUCACUGGGCGUUCCGGUGAUGCUGUCAACUGGCUUCAAGACAAGUUCAGCCUGGAUCUUUCCAAGGUUGCCCGUCUUGGAGGUCACUCUCACCCCCGAACCCACCGUGGCGAUGCUCAGUUCCCGGGUAUGGUUAUCACUUACGCACAAAUGGAACGUCUAGAAGACCUGGCCGUGAGCAACCCCGAGCGAGUCAAGAUCCUCAAAAAGGCCCGCGUCAGCAAAUUGCUCAAAGACGACUCUGGCGCUGUCAUUGGUGUUGAAUACCAACACGGUGGCAAGACCAACACAGCGCACGGCCCAGUCAUUCUCGCUACCGGUGGUUAUGCCGCCGACUUUACGGAAGACUCGCUCCUGAAAAAAUACCGGCCAGAGCUAUGGGACCUCCCUACGACCAAUGGCGACCACUGCACUGGUGACGGUCAGAAACUUGCCAUGAACGUUGGCGCCCAGGGUAUCGACCUCGAAAAAGUUCAAGUCCACCCAACUGGUCUCGUUGACCCCAACGAGCCGGAAGCCAAGGUCAAGUUCCUUGCUGCUGAGGCUCUGCGUGGAGUCGGCGGUCUUCUCCUGGACAACACUGGCUCUCGUUUCGUCGACGAACUCCAGCACCGUGACUAUGUUACGGGCAAAAUCUGGGAGAACAAGAAGUACCCCAUCCGUCUCGUCCUCAACGGUCCCGCUUCGAAGGAAAUUGAGUGGCACUGCAAGCACUACGUCGGCCGUGGGCUGAUGAAACGCUUCGAAAAUGGCGACGCUCUUUCCAAGGAGAUGGGACUCCCGCCUUCCGUCCUUAAAAAGACAUUCGAGGACUACAACAACUCUGUUCGCACCAAGAAGGAUCCGUUUGGCAAGAAGUUCUUCCAGGGCGAGUGGAAGUACAACGAUGUCUUCCACGUCGCUAUCAUGACCCCUGUACUGCAUUACACCAUGGGUGGUCUCGAAAUCGACCCCGAGUCGCGUGUUAUCGACACCAAGGGCAAGCCAAUCCCUGGUCUCUUUGCUGCUGGCGAGGUCGCUGGUGGUGUCCACGGUGCUAACCGUCUUGGUGGCUCUUCACUUCUUGGUUGCGUUGUCUUCGGUCGGGUCUCCGGGGACUCAGCCGCUGCUUACAUGCUCCAAGCCGCAAGCAAGGCUAUUGAGAAGGCCGGUGGCCGUCUCGGAGCUGUUGCUGGUCAGCUCGGUGCACCUGCUGCUGCCGCUCCCUCUUCAUCAGCCGCACCGGCAGCCUCCGGCCCGAAAUCCGGCAGCAAGGAAUUUACGGCUGAGGAGGUUGCGAAGCACAACAAGAAGGAUGACAUCUGGGUUAUCGUUGACGGGGAGGUCCUUGAUGUUACCAACUUCUUGCCAGACCAUCCAGGAGGAGAGAAGGCUAUUCUACUCUACGCUGGCCGGGAUGCCACCGAGGAGUUCCUGAUGCUUCACGAGAAGAAGGUCAUUGGACGAUAUGCGCCUGAAGCCGUCAUUGGGAAGCUGAGAAAGUAG